AUGGAUGGAUUUGCUUAUGGCCUCGAUCAUCUUGGAGGAUGUGUGGCUUCCUCUGCUUUAAUGGGCUGGCGCUGGCGAGUCAAUGAGCUUCUGCAAUUCCUCCCAUUCAAAUCAGAACCUGCUGCUCGCUCGUCUCUCACUGACAUGGUCACAAAUACCGAGCAAUCCCACCUACAACUGAGCGCUCUGGUGAAGUGCAAGGCCAGAUGCUCAGAAGGGUAUAGAUCGACUCUGAUACUCUCGGAUCCUGGUCUCGGCUAUUUCUCCGCACUCCGAUACCAAAAUUAUCGCAUACGAGAGUCUUCAAUAUCGCCGAUAGCCCUAAUAUGGCAGUUCGUGCUCCUCUGGGACUUUGGCUGCAUGUUCCACUGCAGAACUGCAAACAAGACGCCAAACCGCUCCGGGAAACGACGCCUCGACAGCGGCAGAGGAAAGUGCGGGAAUCCUGAAGGAUUGAUGGUCGCUCGCCAAGGAGCUGUUGAAGGAUCGCGAGUUUGGGUUUCCUCAACCUCCAACCUCAACCUCCAACCUCAACCUCGACGCCCUCUCUCCCUUUCCAUAUCCUGA